GGACCGCCGCGGGAGACCGCCGCGGCGGGAGACCGGUUUAAAGCCCGCCGGGACACUGUCGGGAAGCGCGCUGUUGUUGGGCUGGCUGGUGAUGCUAGCUGCUCGGCUAACGCUAGCAUGCUAACCUCAGCGUUUAUUCGAUUUUAAAACACACGGUCUGUUCACAGUUCGUCGCCGAGGACGCGUUACUGUUUCAUCCCCUCCAUUGUCCCACCGCGGUGGGCGGAUAUCGAGCGAGUUCUGUCCUUCUUUGUUUGCGUUUGUAUGUGGUGUCGGACGAACAACACGUCCAACCGAGGCUGUCUGCUAACGCUACAGUGUCCGCUCCACUGACACAGGACGCCGAUUGUUUUCUGCUGCCGAUCCACUCGGACUGGAGACAGUCAGCUGUGCGUUUUGUGUCUGGGUCGUGUGCCGAGUCGUCGGGUCCAUGUAGGUGUCGUGUACGUUCGGAGGUGGCAUCUGUGGAGCUAGUGCUGUCGAUUGUGUUGACCUGGUCGUGGACAGAACACCUCGCUGCGCGGCGAUGGGGCGCACAGCCACAGCUGAGCUCGCUGGGGGUUUCUCAGACUCUGAACUUGUUUUUCUCCAGUGGAGCCGAACACGACAGCUCUGCACGUAAUCUUGGGACAAAUCCACAGCUUAAUACGUUCAAACCCGCUGCUCUGCAGGAGGGGCAUCACUCCGGUGAUUUGUCGUGUCUAUUUGCCGUCCAAUUUUUUUGUCAUAAAUGCCAGGUAUUGUUUCUUGUGCAUUUCAUUCAUUUGGAUUAAAACAGUGUUUUAAGUUGGACCGAGUUCAAUUCUGCUUCAGUGGCAAAACUGGGCUUUGUCCUUCUGCGGUGUUGGACUUAAUUUCUGUUGAUAUUAAAAAAACAAAACCAGAACAUUUUGAACCUGCUCGACGGAUGUUCAUUACAGCUUCAGUAAGUCGGCCACGGCCCUCGGAUCACUAAGUUACUAGUUACAAAGAAAGACACAUUUCUGCUCCAACCCCACUCUCGUGCUCUAAUGCCAGUCUCCAAGCUCUUUUAGCUGAAUGAAUGACAAUGUAAUCUGGCAGGGACUGCUAAUCAUUCUGACUAACUUCUUGUAACCCCAUUUCCAGGACUGUCCUCUCCCAUCCCCCUUACCCCCUCUGUCAGAGUAUGGCUCAGGAGACCAAUCAGACGCAGGUGCCAAUGCUUUGCACUAUGGGAUGCGGUUUCUAUGGUAACCCCCGCACCAACGGCAUGUGCUCCGUCUGCUACAAGGAACACCUGCAGAGACAACAGGGUGGGGGGCGAUCCAGCCCCCCGGGAGAGAAAGCUGCUACAUCACCAGCAGGAUCGCCGGGAUCAGCUGGUGUGAAUUUGGUGGACAGCACAACCUCAGAGCUCAGCACAGAUGUAGCAGGGACCCCACCUGAGGAACAAACAACCAGUCCUAGUUCUCCAAGCCCAGUAACACAACAGAUGACCGCUAUGAGCAUCUCCCAGGAUUCAGGCGCUAUAGACUCUGAUCGAGCAGAGGCUGAGGAGGGAGAAGAGGAGGGUACUUCCAACAGCACGGAGCCAUCAGGGGAAGCAGCACAGGCUUCAUCUGAUGGCGACCAAACCCCUGAUAAAAACAAGAAAAAGAACCGCUGCUUUUCUUGCCGAAAGAAAGUUGGCCUUACUGGUUUUGACUGUCGCUGCGGCAACCUGUUCUGUGCCAUUCACCGUUAUUCCGACAAACACGACUGUCCCUAUGAUUACCGGAGUGCAGCGGCAGCCCGCAUACGUAAGGAGAACCCCAUCGUGGUGGCUGAGAAAAUUCAGAAGUUAUGAGGACUUGAGUGCAAAAGAGAGUCUCUCCGACUUUGUGAAUUUGAACAAUGGCGACUUGGAUGAAAACACCUAAUAUCAUGGCUUCAUUUGUUCAUGGUAUUGAACAUGGUAUUAAGAUGGGUGGGGUGGUGAGGUCGCAGCCACUGUCCCGACGCUUCCCUUACCAGCCUCUCCCUCUCUCUCUCUCCGGUAGUGACUGCGGCUGAACCUGUGUUUGUGUGACAGUGUGUGUGUGUGUGUGUGUGUGUGUGUGUGUGUGUGUGUGUGUGUGUGUGUGUGUGUGUGUGUGUGUGUGUGUGUGUGUGUGUGUGUGUGUGUGUGUGUGUAUUUGUAUGAAAGCAUGUGUGUGUGUGUACGUUUGCUCGAGAGUCGGGGAGAGAGCUGUAGGGGCUUUGUGGACAUUAGCGUUGCUGUGUGGGAAGGGAAGGAAUUUGAUUUUACCCCUUUUUGUUUCUCAAUUUGGGGGACCGUGUGGGUUUAUUUUUAUACAAUCCCUGUAAGAUGGCUGAAAUGAGACAGGAAUAAGCUGUUAGAGAAUGUGUCGCAGCCUGGAUAACGACACAGAGGUCAAUUUUAAGGGUCUAGUGAGUAAAAACAAAAAAAAAUUACUGCAAGAUUUCAUGUAUCAGCAAGACCUUUUAAGGGCUUUGGAAUAUAAUUUCUUUUCUCCCAGACUGAAAAUGAUGUCAACUUUUUGUCAAAUUGGCAUUUUUUUUGACACAUACUCCAACCUUUAUUCAAUGGGUCACCACACCUUGAACUCCCAAGUGUCAGCAUUUUCCAGAAAUGUUUCUCUUUGAUAUAUUGACUUAUCAUACUGAUAUUGGGUGCAUGAACAGUUAUUGGAGAGGGAAGGAGGGGAGGGCAUGGGUAGGGGAAACUGAGAACCUUGACUUAACUGAGUGAUUGAAUUCUGUGUUGUUUUUUUUCUGUUUUAAUGAGCGUAUGACAUCAGAAGAUCUAUAUUAAUAUAUUGUAGUUAGCUUGAAUUGUGUGAUUGCAUUCUAUUUAUUUUUUAUCGUUUGGUUGGUCUGUGCUGGAGGAUUGGUAGCAUGUGUCAGCAAAUCAUUAAGAUUUGCAUUUAACCUUUUCAAUUAUAUUUAAGUAAUUCCAUCUUAAUUAUAUAACCAUUGAAGAAAAAUACACAAGCUCUGACAUGACGGAUUUAGAGUCCAGUUAAGCCGUUACAAUUAAGAUUGUGCAGUAAGAUGUCCAUAAUUUUGGAUUUAGAAACAAAGCACAACAAAGUGUGUCAACUGCAGAGCACGAGAUAACGUGCCACACCUACUCAGUUUUGUUCAGCGUCUGGGUCAUUUGCAGUUUAUAUUUGAUCCAUAUAGCAGCCUCGCUGAGGAAAUGGCCUUUUCUGUUUGAUGGAGUCGGAGUGAAUCUCCAUGUCUCUCUAACCACCAGCAGACCACUGACACAUGCUGAAUGAAAACUGACCUGGGUCGCAGCAGUUCCUCUGCACAUUGACACACCCGCUCAGCUAACGUAAAGAUUUGUCGCAAUGCUCCAGAGUUGCGUGCUGUGCUUUUACAAUGUGAUUCAGACGAGUCCUGAACAACGAAGACCGCCUCUUGCUAGCUUCUUCUAGGAAGAUCAAUCUUACAUGCAUGUGUGAGUUACCGUUUAGUAACUGACUGCACAGUUUGAAAUGAAGCUGGAAUGUUUAAAAAGCCACACAGCAGUAGCACAAUGCAUGGCUGCAACCUUGAGGUUCAAGUUAACAGGACUCUACAGUGUUUUUUUUUUCCAAAUGUAAAUACCAUAUGGCUCCUAUUCAUAUAGUAUAAUCUUAUUGUAGAUUUCUGCCAGGUAAUAAAGGUGGGGGACUAAGGUGGAGAAUAGUACUGUGUAUAAAAGUGCUUUUCAUAAUUAUCCAAAAAAUUAAUGUGCCACAAAUGGCAUAGGUUUUUUUUUGUUUACCAACUUGUUUUCCCUAUUAUUUGCAUCUGCCAAUGAUUAUGUCCAAAGUAUGUUCAGUAACUAUCUACCAUGAGUAUCUAUCACAGACCACAUGGGUUGUUUUCUUUUCUUAGAAUAUUUGUCAGAUUAUUAACAAGCCCCAAAAGUAUUCCGGUCCAUUAUUUUACCCUGCCACUGAAGUUUAUUCCUAGCAUAUAACCCUUGAUAUUACUCAAAAAUUAUAAAGGCCUCCUGUGAGAUGUAGAGGGGCAAUCAUCUUUUCAUUAUCAAAAGCUUUCCUUGUACAUGUUGCUCGAUUUUGAUCUGAAGUUGCAAGGUAUAUGUGUGUUGUAAAGAAGCCAAAUCAGAAUGGGUUGGACAUGAAUGACACGUUUCCCUGUGAACACAGUAUCAUGUUGGACCUAGUCGAGUUUUACUCUGGCGCCUGAAUGGAACAUUGGCCUUAACUAGGAUUCAUGUGAAAGUCUUAGGGAUGAUGAUGGACACGGCAAGACUUGGACUGUUUUCUGGCUCUGAUUUGAAUUCCUCCUCCCUUUCACCGCAAGUGGAGCAUUCAAAUUCAAAAGGAGUUUAUGGGGAUUCUUGAGUGAUAAUUAUGUACAGGGACAAUAAUUUUCAGAUUGAGGGGAACUUGUGUUCAGAGCAGCUCUGCUGUUUUCUGUUCCCUGCAGUGCAUCUUAUAUAUUCACCUCCAUUACAAAAUGAUCUACAGAAUGAUCGGUUUCCUUUUACAGACUGAUAGUCCUUUCAGAGAAAAACUUGGGAUGAUUGUUCAGCUAUGUAAAUCAUGAAUUUCAUGGUCAACGUUUGGUUUUUUUCUAUUGACUGCUCAUCACAACCCCAUUUUUUUUCUUAAUAGACAUGAGCAGUUUGAAUGUAAAACACCGUAAUUCUCACAAUAUGCCGCAAUGUCCUUUUACAAACUACUCGUCCCUUGUAUUGAUUAGGCCCAAUUUUCUUACAUGUGAUUUGGAACAGUUGGAUGAACAAAGUUGUUUUGCUUGUGUGUGGGGUGAAGGACUUGGCACCAGCAUUUAGGGCAACCGUACCUAAGUAAUCUAGAUAUUAUCAGUACAUAUGUGUUUAUUUUCCUUCUUUUCUCUUGCUUUGAUAUGAUUUUGAUGUCUUCAAUCCUGUCUUUAGCACAAACUUUCAUAAUCAGUGACUUCAUAAUGCAAGGGUUUUGAUCGAUCACAAUGAUAAACCCACGAGUCAUGAUGAGUCUGUUAACUGCAGAAGAGAAGGACAAAAGAAUAUUCAUAUUGUCUUUCGAGAUGAGCUUGAGGGGCAUGAAAUGAAAUCUACAAUGUUCACUAAGCUGUAGUUCUUGUCCCUUGGCACUCCAGUCCCCCAGAAACACCACCAGAUUUCUUUUAUUUUGUUUUUUCUUUUCAAAAUUUAGGAUUGUAUGAUGUGUAAGAGUAAGUAUAAAACAAUAAAAUCACAAAGUUUAUUUUAAAUUA